UCCGUUUAUAGAUCAAACCCACUCCUAGGCUAUCACCAUUCACCAACACACAUACAAGCGCCACUCUGCAACAAACAUUCCGGCAAGAUGAUGGUAAAAUUGGGAGGAACUGCAAGAAUCCUAACCCUUUCCUUAUCUUCAACCUCCACCACUCGUCUCUCUUUCUCUUUCCUCUCUUUCCCUAAAAUCCACCGUCCUCGUAGGGUUUAUCAAGGGUUUAGGGGCCUCUCCACCACCACCGCCGCCGCCACCACCACCACCCCCUUCACAGACGAACCAUCAUUAGAAUCAUCCAAACACUCUAUCCUCCUCGAACGCCUCAGAAUCAGACACCUCAAAGAUUCAGUAGGUAACACUUACAAAACCAAUAAUAAAAAGCCACAAUCGAUACCGUUUCAGGAGAGCGAGAUCGAUGAUGGAUCUUCGAAGCAUUUUAAGAACAAGAAGGAAGAAGAAGUUUCGUUUUCGGAAUUGGGGUUGAGCGAAGAGGUUUUAGCUGCGUUAACGGAAAUGGGUAUUACAGCACCAACUGAGAUUCAAAGUUUGGGGAUUCCCGCUGUGCUUGAUGAAAAAAGCGUGGUUUUAGGGUCUCAUACUGGUUCAGGGAAGACACUUGCUUACUUGUUGCCUCUUGUUCAGUUGUUAAGACAAGAUGAGGCAUUGAAUGGCAUGGUGAUGAAGCCCAGGCGUCCACGUGCCAUUGUCCUCUGUCCAACAAGGGAGUUAUGUGAACAGGUAUUUGGUGUUGCAAAGUCAAUUAGUCAUCAUGCUCGAUUCAGGGCAACAAUGGUUAGUGGUGGUGGUCGUUUAAGACCCCAAGAAGAUGCACUGAAUGCACCAAUCGACAUGGUGGUAGGGACACCUGGCAGGGUUCUUCAACAUAUUGAAGAUGGAAACUUAGUCUAUGGUGAUAUCAGAUAUCUGGUGUUGGAUGAAGCAGACACCAUGUUUGACAGAGGAUUUGGUCCAGACAUCCGGAAGUUUCUAGGCCCAUUGAAAAACCGUGCAUUAAAAGCAGAUGGUUUAGGGUUUCAAACUAUUUUGGUGACUGCAACAAUGACAAAUGGUGUACAGAAGUUAGUUGAUGAGGAGUUUGAAGGAAUCGAACAUCUUCGCACUUCAUCUCUUCAUAAAAAGAUUGCUUCUGCUCGACAUGAUUUUAUCAAGCUUUCAGGUGCAGAGAAUAAAUUGGAAGCAUUGCUACAGGUUCUUGAGCCAAGUUUAGCAAAAGGAAAUAGAGUGAUGGUGUUUUGUAACACAUUGAAUUCAAGCCGAGCAGUUGACCAUUUCCUUGGUGAAAACCAACUCGCUACUGUUAACUAUCAUGGCGAGGUUCCCGCUGUCGAAAGGGUUGAAAACCUCAAAAAGUUCAAAAGUAAUGAUGGAGAUUGCCCCACACUCGUUUGUACAGAUUUAGCAGCUCGGGGUUUGGAUUUGGAUGUUGAUCAUGUUAUCAUGUUUGAUUUCCCCAAAAACUCUAUUGACUACCUUCAUAGGACUGGAAGAACCGCUCGCAUGGGUGCCAAAGGAAAAGUGACGAGUCUAAUUACAAAAAAGGACAUGACUCUAGCAGACCGUGUGGAAGAGGCCAUGAGGAAAAACGAGAGCUUAGAGUCUCUCACUGUAGACAACGUCCGAAGAGACAAUAGCAGCAGACCAAAACUACAACACAACAAAUCAAAAGCCUCAAAACCAAUCAAAAUCUCCGAUCAAAAAACCAACAAAAACUUCAGAAGCUCAGUGGGACCCACAUCCAGUAAAGUCACCCCCUUUUCCAAAUCCAAACCACCUGUUAAAAGAGGUCCCAAAUCCUCUGCUAAAGUAGCCUCCUUCUCAAAAUCCAAGAAACCCACGGGUCAUGCUUCUGGUUCUACCGGGCCCACAAAAAUUUCAAAACCUAAAACACCGAUUGUGAAAAUUGGCGGGAAAACAAAAAUUGAUCCACUCACUAAUAAUACGGGUAAGAGCAAGGAGUCUUGGUUUUGGAGGAACGACGUUUCCUUCAGAGUCGUAAAUUAUGACCCCUGAGAAAUCUGGUAGUUGACACUUUCCACCCAUGAGUAUAUUCUUUUGCCAAACGGAUUCUUCUUCUUCUUCUUCUUCUUCAUCUUCUUGAUCUUGAAAGACAUGGUUCAUGCUUUCAUUGUUGAGUUGUAUAACAGGUUCUUCAAAAUCAUAACUGUAGCAAGCUUUCAAACGAUGAACCCAUUUUUUAGAAUGACUAGCACACAUGAACAAGGUCAAUACACAAAAGAAGAAGACAGACCCAAUGGCUAGGCUCACUUGUGGUGCACCGGUUAGAACAUGGUUCGGAAGUGGUCGAGCCAUUGGUUUGUUUUGUUUAGGGUUUAUGGUUGAUGUUGGGUGUUAAAGAUUGUGCAUGGGGAUGUUGGGUUUUAUAGUGAUUUUGUGUUUUUGUUUAGGGUUAUGAGGAUUUGUUAAGGUUUUAAUGUAUGGGUAUAGGUGGAAGACUAUGAAGAGUGUAAUGGUUAAGUUUUAUGAAUUAGGUGGCCUGUCUUGGAAUAGGAAUUUGCUAUGGAGUAGGUGUUGACUUGUAUGAGAACUU